CACGUGCGGGCAGCCGGGGAACUUAGAGCUACCAUGGGCCAGCCGGGGACUUUGAACCUCAAUAACGAGGUUGUGAAGAUGAGAAAAGAAGUGAAGAGAAUCCGAGUUUUGGUUAUCCGAAAACUUGUCAGGAGUGUUGGCAGACUGAAGUCAAAAAAGGGUACCAAAGAUGCACUGUUGAAAAACCAAAGACGAGCACAACGAUUGCUCGAAGAAAUUCAUGCCAUGAAGGAGUUGAAACCUGAUAUGGUAACUAAAUCUGCUCUUGGUGAUGAUAUCAACUUUGAAAAAACCUGCAAAAAGCCUGAUUCUACCGCAACUGAAAGAGCAGUUGCCAGACUAGCAGUGCACCCUCUUCUGAAGAAAAAAAUAGAUGUGCUAAAAGCUGCUGUCAAAGCCUUUAAAGAUGCAAGACAAAAUGUUGUUGAAGUUAAGUCAUCAAAGAAUGCUUCAGAAGAAAAUCAUUCCAAGGACACUUUGUGUUCAAAUGACGAUGCCAGUAAGUUACAGCAUGAAGGAACUAUUAUCAGUGAGCAAGAAGAGAAAGAAGCCAAAAUAUUGGCAAAGAAACCAAUAAAUAAUUCAAAAGAAAAAAUAGCCAAGGUGGAGCAUGGACCCAAAACAGUGGACAUUCCAAAUUCUCUAUCAAAGCCUUCUGAAAAAGAUUCUGCAGUACCCUCUGAACCCCAGAAGACACCUACUGACCCCAAAAUGAAAACACUUAGUCAAACCGAAAAAGAGAAAGAGUCCAGUAGCUCACUUGGUGUUACCAGUGAUGGAGAAGAAUUACAUGAAGAAGAGAAGGAAUAUUUUGAUGAUAGCACAGAAGAAAGGUUUUACAAACAGUCUUCCAUGUCUGAGGAUAGUGAUAGUGAUGAUGACUUCUUCAUUGGGAAAGUCAAACGGACACGGAGGAAGGAAAGUAGUUGUCAUUUUUCAGUUAAGGAACAAAACCCCCCCAAAAAAUGGUUGCCUGAAGAAGAUAUACUUGAAACCCAUCAGGAUAUGAGAAGUGAUAAAAACAAGCCACAUACAGAAGCAAGGAAGUUUGAAUCAGUGUUUUUCCAUUCUUUAUCUGGAUCUAAAAGCUCUGGAAGAAAUUACAGAGAACAGGCUCCAAGAAGCAAAACCCCAGAUUUUCAGCAAAUUGAACCUCAGAUCAAUAAUCAGUUUAAUAAGAUUGCACGAAGAGGACCUGAAAAUACAAAACAGAAAUUACAGCUGCCUCUUCAUCCUUCAUGGGAAGCAAGCCGGAGGCGAAAAGAACAACAAUCCAAAAUUGCUGUGUUUCAGGGGAAAAAAAUUACCUUUGAGGAUUGAUUAGUAUUACUUUUUUGUGAACUUCUCUAUCAAAAAUUUGUUUUUCUUUUUUUAACCUUUCUUUUUUUUUUAACCAGCCCAUUAUUAAAUAUGUAUUUGAAUAAGUC